ACAACUUCUAACUGCCAUCAAUACCACCACCAUCUCCACUUCAGAUACAAACCAUGACUCGUGUCUGACGCCUGCUCGGCCUCUUUAACAUACAUACCGACGCCGCCGACGCUAGCUUUUUAGUCUGCAACGGAGACUAGCGCGACGCUAGCAACCUGCUAGCGACCAGCGAUACCGUACUUCAAGACUGGGCGCGUAACGGUCUCCAUUCAGUAAUCCACUUGCUUUCAGAUGUCUGGCAGGCAUGACUAUGGAGACGAGGAUGAGCGAUCUGAAGACGAGUACAUGAGCGGGGGCGCAGGUGGUAGUACCAGUACUGCGAAGCGGACGCCGCGAGCCUGCGACAGGUGUCGGAAAUCCAAGAGCAAAUGUGAGCCUGCAGCAGGCGGGGGAGACCGCUGCAAGGGAUGCGUGGCGGCGGGCGCAGGUGCGAGGCCCUCCUUCCGCCGAGGCCCGCCAAAGGGCUACAUCAAAGCGCUCGAGCGGCGGCUUCACCAGAUGGAGAGUGUGCUCGCCGCCAUCAUGUCCUCCAAGGACCCGCGCACGACCGGGCUCGUCGCCGACCUACGGCGGGACACUCUCGCGAAGCAUAUCCUGGAAGGAGUUGACGCUGGUCCAUUCGGACCGAGCGGGCGAAAGCAGCGGUCCGUCGACCCUACGGAGGACAACUUCUUCGCGUCGAUCGUGAGCCCGACUUUGCGGCAGCAGAGCGAGCGCUCGCGCAGACAGUCGCGCUCCACGCGCGAAAGCGUCAUACAGGCGAGGGAAGGUGACCGUCUGUCGGAGUCGCUCGUGCGGUGGGCUCAGUCACGACAGGCUGCAGACCCGGUACCCAGUGGAUCCUCGCGCGUUCUUCCCGUUCGCCAUGUUGCUCGUGCCCGGGACGAUGGCGCGGAGCCCGCACGGCAGAGACGAAGAACGGUGGCCUCAGCGCCAGGGCACGACCUGUCUUGGGACGAUGUACAUGGCACUGCAGACGAGCUGGACGACACUGCGGACGCCUUCGGCCAUCUGUCACUGACGAGCACCGUUCGGUAUCACGGCAAGUUGAGUGGCAUACACUUGCUUGCGGAGCACCAGCGUGAAGAUAAGCGCAACUUCGGCGGUAUCUGGAAAUUUCCUAUGUCGAAGCUCUGGCCCCCAGCACCGUCCGGCGAGACGGAAUUCAGCAUGCGCGAGAAAGCGAGGCUGAGGGUGGAAGAGAGCAUCCCCGUGCCACCGGUGGAUGUGCAGCUGCACCUCAUACGAUUGUUCUUCACUUAUGUGAACACGUCAUUGCCUGUGUUGGACGAGGAAACAUUCAUGGAGCAAUACAAUGCAGAUAUUAGCUUUGGCACUGAUCCAGGGCCCGCCGUGGAGCCAGAGCGAAUGCAGAAGAUGUCGAAGUUAUUGUUAUUUUCCGUGUUUGCGUUUGCGGCACAGUACUGGGACACUAUCCAAGCGGAACAGUAUGCGGCGAGUGCCAGGAGAUUGCUCGGUAUGGCCGCACGAAUGGCCUUUGAUCUGGGCCUGAAUCGUGAUUCUGAGAAGUGGCUCAACCACGGGCACGCAAUGUUCUCUCGCACGGAGCAAAACAUCCGGAAGAAGAUUGGGAGACCGGUGAUUGUGCACGAGGCCGAUUUCUCAACUAUGCUUCCUCAGGUUACAGAAGUGGAAGACGAAGUCGCAUGGGCACCGAUGCACGCGGGUUCGCAAGGCCAGCGCAUCACAGCUACCCCUGGGUUGCGGCAAAGCUACCAUCGGGCAGCGGCAGCAUUGACUGUCAUUCACGGCGAGAUAGUCGAGAAGAUAUAUCCGGUCACUCGUGUCGAUCCAACACCCCGCCGAGCUCUCAUGGAACGGAUACAUUCGCGGCUGCUCCAGUGGUCUAUCGAUUUACCAGAGGUCUUGCGUUAUUCGUCACAGAGCAGACAACCAUGUCCUCCGCCGCAUGUCCUGGUCCUCCACAUUCAGUUCUGGUCAAUGAUGUUACUGCUCCAUAGACCAUUCAUCCCGAAGGGCAUGCGUUCUAGAACCCCUCCCUCUGCUUCCUCAGCGGACGACACAGUGCCCUGGAAGUCCUACGAUUUCUGUCAGGGCGCUGCUUCCCACAUCAGCGCCUUCGCUACGCUGUUCAAUCGCUACUAUGACAUCCGUUGGGCCCCUCCAUUGAUCUCCUCGACUAUUCAAAGCGCAGGGCUUUUCCCUAGACUUGUUGAUGUAUGGCCUACUGCCGCUCGGGUGGCGGAUCUCCUCCGAGGCGCCGGAGUGCAGAUAGCAGUGGCAUUGACCGAACCCGCCGGUCCAUCGCGGAAACGACCUGUUGAGAUUGUACUCGAGGAGUACACUGAUGAAGCUGCAGACGCCGCUGAAGCGUCGCAGAUGGUCGCCUCCGAUGUGCCCUCCGAUAGGUAUGCCGAGGGUUCUCACUUACGUCCUAUGCCAGCUGCUGUGCCGCUCCCUCAGCCGCAGCCGCAUCAAGACCCUCAGUACGGCCCCAACUUCAUGGCGGCCCUUCUCGGUCCGGACUACACUCCGGCAGCGUCUGUCGCUCCCGGAUACGACUGGUGGCCACUGCCGCUCAUGAUGCCGUCACAAUCGUUCACUUUUACUCAGGAGCAGUUCUCGCAAGACUUCUUACAAGGAAUCCGCGAUCCCGUCUUGCACUUCCCUGGCCCUCCAACAUAUCCCCUCCGUUGAUUCUUAUCAGUUUUCGGUAUUGACUCCUUACACUGCUUCGUUACAGGUUCAAGCACACCUUGAUGUGGAUCAGGAUUUAAUGUAGCUAUAGUUUUCAGGUCGUUGCGCUGUCGAGAUAGAACGCCAAUCUCUGUCCGGUGACGUUCAAGCGAUCUGUGAUCGUCUGCUUUACAUGGACGUUUAUGCCCAACUAAAGGAG